UGUUAUGACGUCACAAAAUGGAAGGCUCCCGUGUACAGCCAGCUCGUUUGUCACCGUUUAUAGAUUUACAAAGCGAGUCGGAUGCAGUAAGAUACAAAGAAUUAGUGAAAAUAAGAAAUAAGUAUGCUAAUGAUAGCUGCGGGUUUCAGAAGUUCAGAUCCCGUGGCGGGCUAAAGCUACUUUUGCCUGUUUUGCUUCAACCAUCGAACAAACUACUCGAGGUUGCGCUAAGCAUUUUGGGUAAUUGCUGCCUUGAGGAGGAGAGUAGAAUAGAGGUGCGAAGAAGAAAUGGAGUUGACCUAAUUGUUGAUGUGCUGACCGCCACCAAGAAAGACUCUAUUGCUAACAGAGCAUGCAGGACGUUGGCGAACCUUGCCCAGGAUAACAAAAGUGCCCAGAUGAUCCAUGAGAUAGAGGCGGUUCCUGUCAUUGUGAAGAAACUGCAGGACACAGCGGACUUCCGUCUCCAGCUGACCGUCAUUAGAACGCUGAGGUUGCUGGCCGACACCACACAACAUAAAGCCAACGUGACAAGAGACGGCGCUGUGAGAGCAGUCAUGACCUUGCUGGGUUCGUGUAAGGAGGAGGUGGUUCACGCCAGCCUACGAACCCUCGCCCAUCUCACCGAGAAAUGCUCGGCCAACGCAGCUUACGAAGUCGUCCAGUCGGGGGCGCUGGCGACUCUCCUCGAUCUGUGCAGCCGCGAGAAGCAACAAUUCCGCCACCAGGCGGUGGGAGUGCUGCUCGAACUCGUCCAAGAAGUGAGCAUCCGACCCGAUCUCGGGCGAGUCGGAGCGAUCCAGUUCUUCCUGAAGGAGGUUGAGAAAUCCCGCUCGCCUGCGUUUGUCAGCGCCCUCUGUCUGUGCUGCAGGGAGUCGGUGAACCGCGUGCGUGUGCGCGAGUGCGGGGCGCUGCCGAUGCUACUCUCGCUGCUGCGUUGCCGUGACGACGGCACGCACGCCCGCGUAAUUAACGCGCUGCUGUCGUUCCUCUAUGACGAGGCGAGCCUCGGGCUGCUGUUGGAUGCUGGCCUCGUGCCAACGCUCACCAACAUACUGCGCUCUCUCGUCUUCCCUGGUGACGACGACACGCAAGAUAGCAGCGCCCCCUUGUGUGACGACGACGGCGCGCGGGAUGGUAGCGCCCCCUUGUGUGACGACGACGGUGCCAAGGAGCGGAGUGUCGAUGCGAUGGCGAGGAUCGAAGAGAAGCGAACGCGUGUGGACGACACGGGCGGAGACGCGUGCGGUGCUGAGGCUGGGGAUGAAGCCAUCCUGCACGCGGAGGAUGAGAAGCUGGCAGAUACUGAUGAUGAGGAUGAGGACGGGGAUGUCGUGGUAUCAUCGUCGCCCGACGAGGAUGAGCAUUCAACGAAGAAAGAUCGUUCAGAUACAAGAGAGAGGAGAGGAGAAGAGAGAGAGCGGGGAGGAGAAGAGCGGAAAGGAGAAGAGAGGGGAGGAGAAACGGUGUCAGAGUUUGCGAGAGAACCGGGUAGAAACCCGUGGAGUCCGUCGCGGGACCUGGCAGGGAUGGCCUGGAGUCCGCCGAGGGACCCGAUGGGGAUGGCCUGGAGCCCGGGAACCAGCAGCUGGUGUUCUCCGGAUCGCUCCCCGGAGCCGCCCGGCUACGCGAUCAGGUUCUCCCCUGCCUGGUCCCCGCAGAGCGCUCGCAGCCCCGGGUCGCUGUGCGGCCCGCUGUCCCCCGCAGCGUCGCCCGACGCGUGGCGGCGGCCCUACAGUCCUGCCGCGUCUGCGGCGGCGAUUAUAGAGGGCGCCUCGCCGCAGUAUUCGCCCGCUCGCAGCGACGCGGCGUCCCCGAUGUCGUCGUCGUCGUCGUUGCUGUGGUCGCCGCCGCGAUACUCUCCGCCUCUCUCCCCCGCCGCAGGCGGGAGUUCCCGCUGCAUGGGCGAGGGGGAGGCGUCGCCCUGCUACGCUGGCGCCCCACAGUGGUCACCAGUUCAUGUCGCCCACAUGGAGGAGGACGAGGAGGAGGAGGAGGAGGAGGAGGAGGAUGCCGGGGAUCGUGUGGCGGCAGCGGGGGAGACCUCCCGUUCCUCGGAGAUGUCCGAGGCUGUAGGGACGACAUCGAGAGAGGAAGGUUACCGUGGUAACCGGCGAGCCACGGCGGAAGACAGUGACGGGGGCGACAACGACGAAACUGAAUCGCUGCCGCCGCUGUCGAAGCGACGUAAAAUGGACGCGGACUGUCUUGCCCUGCCCGCGGUCGCUUCUCUGCUGCUCACCGCAGUCGAGCCGGAUGACACGAGACGCAAUGACGGACAGCUGAGCCCGGCAUCUCGUAAGCAGCAGAGUAAGAGUGCAGGGACCUCGGUGGGAGAGCAUAGCGAGGGGAACAUUAGCAGCGGUGCAGGUGUGAGUGGCCUGCAUGGGGGGAGGCAGGAAGGACUACCCAUCACCGCCAGCGUUGAUCAGGCGGCGGAGCCCGGCUCGCUCGCGCCUGGCAGGAUGCCAAAACGACGAACACGCAGCCGCCGCACGUCGCAGCUCUCAACCGGAUCCGCGGACGGUUCGGCGUCCGUCGGCGGCGUUGCCACGGCGACCGGGAGCGGUGCCGCGGGUGUGCGAAGGAGCGAGGAGAGAUGCGGGGGGCCGCCUCGGACGGAUGCGGGGCAGCGGGAAGCAUCCGCACGUCGUCAUGGCGAUCGUCACGGUGCUGUCGGUCACAUCCUGAUCCUGCUGUCGCGUCUCACACACGACGACUCGCUCGCACGCCACCUGCUCGCCCCGCGCUGCCUUCGCACCCUCCUCAACUACGUCGUUGCCACGGGCAACCAGAGAGCGCAGCGCAGCCUCCUGCGUCUGUGCCGGCACUCGCUCUGCUUCGCUGGCCUGGUUCGCGCUCACUUCCCAGCGAUGGUGUGGAGGCAGACCAUGGCGGAGUGUGGGGACGAGGUCAGACAGGCGUUCCAGAACCUGAAGGAUCAGCUUCAGCUGACAGCAGAGUCAGCCUAUGGAAGAGGCACGGUAGAGCAUCUGAUAGUGACGGGAGGAGCGAAGACCAAGUCAGCAUGUGCCGUCGCCAUUCCCUACCUAUACAGGUGAGAGUGUAAUCAAGGUGCUAAUUACUGUUAAUUAAUGAUACCGGUAAUUAGUGACCGAGUAAUAUUACGAUGAUACCAGAUAUCACUAGUUCAUGAUUUUUAGCUCAUCUGACAUAGUCAGAUGCAGCUUGUAGAAUCGCAUGA